AUGGGUGGAAGCAGUUUCGACACGAACUACGACAAUUUGCCGAAAUACUAUCAACCAAUCUCCGUUGGCGGCGACAAGGAAGAUGAAGAAAAUGCUUCCAAUCAGUCAAAUUUUGAUCGCAACACAGAUGACGAAUUUGAUUCUCAUUGCAUAGAAAAUGGAAUAUGGUCUCUCGAUCUAAGCAAUGACAAAGAAAGAAAAACAAAUGAAGCAGAAGAAGAGGAAGAGAGGAUGAGAAAGGUUUCUGAUUCAGCGAUACUUAGAGCAUUGAGAGAGGAUAAGAGGCGCCUGAACGCUUCGCUGGCACCGGAGAUAGCGACGAGAGUGAUGGAGGCAAUGCAUGGUGUCUCGUUCAGUGGAUUAGCUCCUAGUUGGGCUGAUCAACUCCUUGAAGAUCAAUGGUUCAAUCAGCUCAGAAGAUUGACACCACCUACCACCACAAAUCAUGAUUGA